AACACAGAGCCCAAUAAAAAAGUGCGCGCGAAUUUUGACUCAUUCAUAACUUAACGGUCGUGUCUGAAAUGAAGGAAACAGCGGCUCGUAUGUCGUUGGUGGCCACGCCUUAACUCUGCGGCGCUUGCUAUUUGCAUGGCCGCCUUUAAAAUGAGGAACCCGGGGAGUUUCGCUGUUUAGUUUCUCAUCGCUACGCUUUAACAGCAAUGCCUGAGCCGAAAGCUGCUCCUGCUCCUAAGAAGGGCUCUAAGAAAGCCGUUUCUAAGAGCCAGGCGAAGGGAGGAAAGAAACGCAGAAAGUCCAGGAAGGAAAGUUAUUCCAUCUAUGUGUACAAGGUACUGAAGCAAGUUCAUCCCGAUACGGGCAUUUCUUCUAAGGCAAUGGGAAUCAUGAAUUCGUUUGUGAACGACAUCUUCGAGCGCAUUGCCGGAGAGUCUUCUCGGUUGGCUCAUUAUAACAAGCGCUCCACUAUUUCUUCCCGGGAGAUCCAAACUGCUGUGAGGCUCCUGUUACCUGGUGAGUUGGCCAAGCACGCUGUGUCCGAGGGCACCAAAGCAGUUACCAAGUAUACCAGCUCCAAAUAAACUGCCUGAAUUCUGCUUAAAACCAACGGCUCUUUUCAGAGCCA